AUGUCAAAAACCUAGGCUCAAAGUGCUCGCAAAAAGAAAGAAAUUACUUAGAUAGUCUAUGAAUAAGAAGAUUAACACUCAGUCGAUGUAUUUAAAAAAUACCUGUUUUUACAGCAAAGCAAAGAUCAAUCAAAAGCAGGUCAAUCUAUCAAGAAUUUCAUUGAGAUGUCUGAAUACUAUAUGGAAAAUUUUAAACACACUAGAGACUCAGAGUUUUCAAACUAUGAUGAUAUGGACUUAACCAAUUUGAAAGAAUUACGAAAGGCUGAAAUUGAAGCCAUCAGAGGAGGAAAGAGCAGAGGUCUCGACGUCUACCAUAUAAACAGAAAAUAAAAAUAGGGAUCCUUGAAACUUGAGAAGUACGAUAGAGUAGACGAUAUUCAGUCUGAUUAAAUACUAGAUGAGGACUAGCUAAUUGCACAUAUGCAAAAAAAGUAAGAUGAAAAGUCUCGCUUGGCUGAGGGCAUCAGAGAUAAGCAAUCUAAAUUGAUGGAGCUGAAUGAAUAAAUUAGAAAGUAUGAUAUUAAUCAGGUGAAAACAGACGAACUUGAUCAGUUAAACGGUUUAAUGGCUGAACUAAAUCUUUAAUGGGGCAAUCUUUAAACGAGUUUAGAGGAGAAAAUGAGAUUUGCUUCCAAGAUGCACAAGAAGCAUCAUGAAGAAGUAUAGGACUAUGAAGAUUUCUCAGAGAACCUAGAUAAAGACAAAUUUAACAAGAAAGUUAAAAGAAUUACAUUUGAAUUGUAAACAGAGCAAAAGGACUUUACUAAAACAGCAGAUGAAAUGGUAAAAGACAAAGACAAACUCAAGAUAUAUCUCGAUAGAGCUAAGAAGGAUUUAGAUGAAGAGAAGUAAAAGGGCUAAGGAUUGUCGAAAGUGCUUAUGGAGUAAGAUGGAAACAUGGACUAAACUAAUAGCAGGUUAAGAGAUUAAAUUGGAAAAAUGAAGAACGAGAUGGAUCGAAUUCACAAUUACAGUAUAGAUAUCGCUAAGGAUCCAGCCAAAGCUAUUCAAAGAAUUUCAGAUCCUAUCUUAGAUCUGCUUAAUGCUAAAAUAGAGGGGUAUGGGGAAGAUUUAAAAUCAAAUCUUGCUGAAAAGAAGAAGGCUACAUAAGAUUUGAUAGAUGCUAAAAAUUUCCUAUUUGAGGAAAAGGUGAAACAGAUUAAUUUAAAACGAAAGAAAGAAGAAAUCAAUGAAUAGUUUAUAGUUUUGAGAGAAGAUAUAGAAGCAGUUUAAUAACAAAUGCUUGAAAACAUUAAGAGGAAGUCAGAGUUGGCAGAUAAGAUAAAGGAUUAGACUGAUAGAUUCCAAGAAGAGGCGAAGGAGCUUAGAGAUGAUUUAAGCCAGCAAAAGUAAAAAUUAGUUCAGAUCUAUAAACACAAAGAGAUAGUUGAAGACCAAGCUUCUUUUCUGUUAAACGAUAGAGGAAGAGUUGGCUCAUCUCAGAAAUACUUUGAUAGCGUCACUUAGUUCAUUUAAAUGGCGAAGGAUUUGAAGAUAAAAUUCGAUGAUUUGUAGGAUAGAAUACUUAAAUUUGAUGAUGAACUCACUAUUGAUCCCAUUUAUACAAAAGGCUAAGGUAAAAAAGCAAAACUACUUCCGAUAUCAGAGUUCUAUAGAAUCGGUAAAUUUGAAGAAAGGGAUAAAAAAGACACUAUGAUGAAAGAUUUAGAGAAAAAGCAAGAAUAUAUUUUGGAGCUUUUAGUGUAAAAGGAAAGUCUUGAGGAACAACUAGCCCCAUUUGGAAACAUACAUUAUAUUUAUAAAACUUUCAAAGAAGUACAAGAGGAUAUUAAGUAAAAUGUAAAGAAAUAUAGAAGAGAGAAGAAUCAGAUCUUUAAAUACCUUAAUCAACUUGUCUUGGAUUUUGAGGAAAAUAGGGAGACUAUUGGAAUUCAAGAGGGAAAAAUGAAGAUGUUUACUGCCAAAUACAAAGCAGCUAAAAUCUUAGAGGAUGAAAUGAAUAAACUAAGGAAUCAAAAACUCAAAGUGCAGUCUGCUGGAGAGAACCUCAGCUAGAUAUCAUCGAUUUCAAAGUCAGAGGAAGAAGUGCUAGCAUUUGAGAGAGAAUUGAUUAUUGGAAUGAGACAGGAUUAAAAGAAAAAGGACACUGAGAUUUAGUCUUUACAGUAGUUACUCUAAAGUAGAGACUAGGAAUUGCAUAAAUAUCAAAAACUGAUGGAUGAAAAAGGAAGCAUGGAGAUAUAAGAAGAAAUUCUCAUAGAAUAAAAAGCUAAAAACAUCCUAGAGAACAAUGGCUUUAGAGGUGAUUUCAUUAGAAUUUCUUAAAAUGCAUACAAGUUGGGACUAAAUACCUUUGUUUUCCUAAAACUAAUCUAACCUUAAAUCAAUGUAGUGAAUAAUGUGCAUAUAGAGAGAUAGCUGGUAGCCCGAGUAUCUAUUAAGGGCAUAGAUAAACUUAAAAAAUGCAAGGAAAUCAGACUUGAGGGCAAUGAAGUGUUCUACGACUUUGAUUAGUUCACAAAGCAAGUACUCCUCCUACCUCACAGACAAUAAUUCAGAUCAAACCUAGUCCUUGCUUUAACAAGGAAAAAUGAUGAAUUCACUUUAAUGAAAAGUUCAAGUAGACAUGAAGACAAAAAUUAUGGAAUACCAGCAGUGAAAGCUGGCUUUUCAGGAAGAAAUAAACCAGCUUAAAAACAAAUUCACUGGCAAUUAAUCAACGACUAUGCAGAGUGUGAUCAAGCUGAGGAAAAGUAAAAAAAGAGAGAGACAGAAGUGGGAGAGGGUGUUAACAUGAACUUAAAGAUUUAUGUUGAGAAUCUGGGUCAUGAAAGAAUACCCAUGUUCGGAUAUCCCCCGGUGAGCUACGAAGAACAGCAGAAUCCACAAAAAAUAUAAAAACUGCUCUUGGGAAAGAUCAAGAACAAGUAGGAUGAUAGUCUAGAGGUUAAGGGCUACGCAUCUGAUUAGCUGCAAUACAAGGACACUAAAGAUUUCUUAGAUGAUAAUGAGUUGCCUUUUAAGACUGCACUUCUUUAAAAGCGCAGACAAGACAGAGUCAUGAAUCACGUAUUCAAGUGCUUUACUUUCGGAAAGAAAUGCAGACGAUAGUUAGAUGAUGAUGUUGCUAUAGUCUCUAGAGUAGACAUUCUGAAGCGCAGAUUCUAGAGACUAGAUCUAGUGAGAGAUUACUACUCAGUUAAGAAGAGGAAUAAUUAGAGGAAAUUCAAAUAUCCUCUGAAUGAACUAGCCAAUUAACUUGAUGUGGAGCCAUCCACUAUAUAUGAUGAGCUCUAGUAUGCUUAGGAGUCUGACUUCGGAGAGGAAAUCAACUACAGCAAAAAGAAAAAGAAUAAAUUAGAGAAACAGAUUGAUGGACUUAUUCACCAAAGUCAUAAGAGAAAAAUGUCAUAAUCAUCAAACUUUACUCUGGAUGAUUUGAACUCCUAGCUAGAUGAUAGUGUGUAUUCAUCUCCCAGGCUGAUUGCCUAGAAGGAAUGGAUGGCAUUUGACAAGGUGCUACCGUUUGACUUUAUAACUUAGAGGAAAGCUAAAAGGUUUUACAAGGAAGAUUUUUGCGAUAUUGCUUAUUUACUAGAAAACAAGAGCAAAGCAAUAUAAAUGCUUCAUUUAAGAGAUAGUCACCAAAAUGACCCUCUUAAAGAUCCAAAGGGUCAUGAGAUCGAGGAUGACUUGAAUGAAUUACCAGAGACAAACGCUUAGUAUAAAGAUAAGUACAGGAUUAUACCGAGAAGAAAGCAAAAAAAAAUAAAGAACAAAAAGCUAGUCAUAAAGGGCGAGUUAUCUUCUUCAUCUGAUGACGAGAAGUUCAUAAACUAUAGAUAUGGUGAAAAGGUUUAAAAUAUCUAGAUCAGAGACUAGAAUAACGAUCUUAAAGGCAUAUUCUUCCAAAGAGCAGGAGCAAAGAGCAUCAAAACUAAGAAGGAGUUGAUGUCUAAGAUUGCAGAAUUCAAGAAUACCAUAUCAGAGCAAUAAAGAGAUGUACUCUAAAACAGAUAGUUUGUGAUUGUCGAGAAAAAGUCACUGAACCAGACUAAACCUGGAUUUCAUGGGAAGCGAAUGGAUUUAGUAAUGAAAGAAGAAGAGGAAAAGUUAUAGAAGCAGAGAAUCGAGCAUGAAAAGCUAGAUAGGUAGAGCAAAUUAAUACAGCAUGCCAAAAGAUAAAUUAUGAGGGAGAAAACAUUAUACUCAUCAAGGAACGCAUCAUCUAACCUAUUUUAAACUGAGGGCAAUUAGUAUAACAGCACAGCAAACGAUCAACAAUCUCAGAAUAUCUAUCUUACAUAGGUUAGCAGAACUAGUGUACGACCUGCUUAAAUGUUUUCCGGCUUAUCGUCAUCUACAUCUUCUGUUACAAAUCUAGCAAAUCCAAUUAGUAAUAAUUAAUCUGGCAAUGGCUAUGGAUAUAACUCAAAGAAUAAUUUCAUUAGCCCUUAUGAUAAUUCAGUAACUUAAAGAAUAUAGACUGCUCCCUCUAAUCCAAAUUUUCAAAGAAGCUAGAGAAUGCAUAAAAACAAUCAUGGAUUACAUUAGAAUCAGACUUUCAGUAGUUAUCAAGAUAACUUUGAUUAAAUGAAUGAGACUAAAUCUGAGAUAUCAAAUUCUGAGUUCAACAGCAAAAGUUUUAAUAUAGUCUUAGAUCAAAAUCAUUAGCAACAUUUCAGUAGACAAAAUAAUAUUGGAGCUAAUAGACUAUAUGAACAGAACUUGAAUAGUAAUCAAAACACAAGUCAGAUUUUGUAUAACAGCUUUACUGGUUAAGCAGUCAAGACAGCUUUAUAGGAUUCUCCCUAUUAGAUAAUUUCAAAGAACCUUACCUAGUUCUAUUCAAAUACUGGCAGAUACAACUCAGCUAAUGAAAAAACAAGGAUUAAAGGUUAUCUUGCCGAGAAACUCAGAAGAAAAUCAGUGCUUAAUUGCGAAUUAUUUAAGAAUAGGAAUAUUAACUACAAGGUCAAAGUUAGUAACAUGAUUGAUAGGAUUAACAGAGUGAUUGGAACAAAUAUGACUAAGACCAAGGAUUGA